AAAACGCAUUCAGAAAAUUUGGGUGAACGUCUGACCUUGCUUCAACAGUGCUUGAACGGGUGGACUAGCCAAGUUGCAUUUAUCUAGAUUUUACUGUACAAGAAUUAAGAACCAAAGAUUAAAAAUGGCAGUUUCACAAGUAAGACAAAACUACCACGAAGAAUGCGAAGCCAUGGUGAACAUGCAGAUAAAUCUUGAGCUGUACGCUAGCUAUGUGUACAUGUCCAUGGCCCAGUACUUCGACAGAGAUGAUGUUGCUCUCCCAAACUUUGCAAAGUUUUUCAAACAUUCAUCUGACGAGGAACGCGAGCAUGCGGAAAUCCUAAUGAAGUUCCAGAACCAAAGAGGUGGACGUAUAAAGUUGUCUGAUGUGAAGACUCCUUCCAAGGACGAAUGGGGAUCAGGGCUCCAGGCAAUGGAGGAAGCAUUGGCACUCGAGAAGAAAGUGAACCAAUCUUUACUUGAUCUGCAUACAAGGGCUAGCACCCACAACGAUCCACAGAUGACAGAUUUCAUUGAAGGAAAGUUCCUGACACACCAAGUUGAGUCAAUCAAGGAAAUUGCAGGUCAUGUCACCAACCUCAAACGUGUUGGAACAGGGCUGGGUGAAUACUUGUUUGACAAAGAAACUCUGGGUGAAUGAACAUUGAAACCAUGAACUUGCGUUGAUUUUGGAAAGAAAAACUCUUUUUUGUUGAUUAAAGAAAAGUUGUGACAUGUAUUACAUAGUUUUCACACAAAUGCACUGAAUGAACUAAAGUAAACAAAA